AUGAAUUACUUCCUUGGCAUUGAAGUUUCAAGAGUUACUACUGGUGUGAUUCUCACUCAAAAGAAAUUUACUAAAAAACUAUUGACAGAAUGUGAGUUGGAUGUUUCAAAGGUAGCUAAGACUCCUCUUCCUGUUUCUUUGAAGCUCAGAGCUGAUGAUUCACCUCCCUUUCAUGAUCCUGCUUUGUAUAGGUGUCUAGUUGGGAAGCUCAAUUUUUUGACUCAUACUAGACCAGAUUUGUGCUAUGCUGUACAGACUCUCAGUCAAUAUUUACAUAAUCCAAGGAUGGCUCAUUUCAAGGCUUUACAUCAUUUGCUCAGGUAUGUGGCCUAUACUGCAGGACAAGGCAUAAUGAUUCAAUCUGCUAGCAACCUUAUUUUACAGGGAUAUUCUGAUUCAGAUUGGGCAACUUGUCCAGACACUAGAAGAUCAGUUACAAGCUUUGUUAUGCUUCUGGGUCAGAGUCCUAUUUCUUGGAAGUCUAAAAAGUAG